AUGGGGGCUGCCGAGUCCGAGCCGACCGCGCCUGCAGUCACAGGCCCCUGCGAGCGAAAGGUUCGGGCUGUGGAUGGCACCCUCCUUCCCAGCAAACUCUUCACCGCGGAGGGCAGUGCUGGGUCCCAUCGCCGACCUGUGGUGCUCACUUUCCUCCAUGGAUUGGGCGAAAGGAUGAGUGACUAUGAUGAGACAUCAACUGAUACCAACAUGCAGAAGGUGGUCCAGGCAAUGCCGGAGAGUGGCAUGAGACCCAGGAUCGUCGUAUUCGAUGCUCGAGGUCACGGCACCAGCACUGGUUGGGAGAAAGGCGGGCCGGAGCAGUUUCAUUGGCGCUGCUUGGGGGCAGAUAUGCUGCAGGUGGCUGCUUCACAUACUGACCAGCCUUGGGAUCCAAGAUUUAUAUUUGGUGGAUGCAGCAUGGGUGCUGCAGCAGCAGUUUGGGCGGCCCUCCUUUCCCCACGAAAGGUCUGUGGACUCGUUCUUUACCUCGUCCCAACAAUGUGGGCCGGCAGACAGGCCAGACGAGGUGUGCUGGAAGCAAAGGCGGCAUCUGUUCGUGAAACCGAUCCAAUCAAGUACGAAGUCCUGCUUGGUGCAGCCCGAGCCGAUUUUCCACCGAGGGAAGACAUGGAAAGACUCGCUGCAACAGGGAUCCCUGUACUAGUGGUGAAUGCGCGUGAUGAUCAGAUUCACCCCAUGAGCUCUGCCGAAACCAUAAAGGAGAUUUUUGGCCAAAGUGCUACCCUCGUGGUCGUUGACAAGGUGGAGGAUGCCCCCAAGAGGUUCAUGGACGAGCUUGCGAAAUGGCUUGCAGCUUUGCCAGCGGCUUGA